UCUUUUAGAAGUUCGAAGCAGGAGAGUUGCCGCUUUAUGAUAGCAGGUGCCCUAAAGAUAUGCCGGGGAGGAAAGAGGGGAAGCUUCUGGGGCAAUAUACGGAAGAAGUCAAUGGGAAAAAGGAUGUGUUCCAUUGCAUCGCGGCUAAGGAUGGGGGGCAUGGAGCCACCGUCACCUUCAAAGAUCUCGUUCCAUCAAACUUCAAAUGCUUUGGAGAUAUGACGGCGCGAGAGAAGGAAGUCGCAUUGAGGCUGAUGAUCAACAAGAAGGUCAUAGCCACCGCUAGACCAGUUCCUACGGGGAAGUUGAACAUGAACAACCUCCUCGACAUUAUCAUGCGGGAGAGGUACAUGAUGCGUCUCUUCAACUACAUCGUGUUCAAAUCGGAGAACAGAGAGAAUGGCGACUGGAACCAAAAGUUCUUCUUCGAUUACAAGGGCAUGACAGAGAGGUACGGUGUCAAGGCAGAAGCAUGGGACGAGGAAAGGGAUAGAAUCCCUUUGGAGUUCGUUAGGAAGGUUCCAAAACCACUUGGUGGCGACCAAGAAAUGAAAGGGCUGAAAGGAGCAGGGUUGAAGGCUACAGAGGCAUUGUAUAAAGAUGCGCCCUUCCAUUUUAAGGUCUUCGUGUACCAGGCGAUAGGAAAGGUGGAUUUGCUCACGGCGGAAAUGCGGCGAUUGUCAAAUGUUGCGUUUCACCUUUUGUGGGAAGGGAAAGGGCGACGAGCAACAUUGUUGUCGAUCAAUAUGCACCCAAAGGAGUUGCUGCCUACGCAAGAUGAAGUCGUUACCGCUGCCACAAACCUCAACUGCAAGGCCGCCAUCUUGGAUCUCCCAUUACCGUCGCAUUGUUCUGCGUGGUCGUCGGAGGACUUCGACGCUCUAUACAAAAUGAUGUCAAAGUUGUGCGGCGAGAAUUGGACAUUGAUCGUAUUCGCGCCACAGAAACAUCACAAGACCGUCAUACGACACCUCUACCACUGGGAGAACGUCGAGGUGAUAUCAGGCACUUGGAAGCGCUUUAUGGGGGUCGGAACGACUGUUAAUAAAAAUGGGAAUAUGCAAAUUGAGAGUAAGGACACAAUGGCGAUCGUUCUGCAUCCCGAGGGAGGCGACCUCUGAAAGGUUACAAGAGUGUCGCGCUCAGAAGCAGACAUUGUGGAAGUAAACGUCGUGGAAGACU